UUCGGCGUGCUCGAGCUCGUAAGCUCGAGCAAGCUCGAACGGCGGCGGCAGUGGUGCGAGCAGCGAGGUGCGCCGUAGUGCGAGUACUCGCUUGAGUCUUCAGUAGUAAACACCAAUCGGUGUAGGACAGAACGGUGUAGAACGGUGUUGGAUGAUAUUGCCGCGUUACCACGGUGUUUGUUGGCGGCCCGGCGUGUUGCGCACGAAAAGGAGCGCGGGUGCGCGUGCUGCACAGUGUUGCGCGCAUCGUUACCUAAAAAAAAAAAGAAAAACAUCUGUGAUCGCAUCGAGGCCGCGCGGUCAAAAGAUCGGAGGGGAUUUGUACUUCGGAGGCGGACCUUUGCAUCGCGGCGACGGAGUCAUCGACACCGCGUGUUAUUGGACGUAGCUUCCAACGCGGAAUCUUCGUCCUGACGCGUGCGUUCCGAGGGAGAAGGUAUACCUGUACGUACGAACACGUACGACGACGUAGCGGACGUGGUUGGACGUAGUCUACUGGUCGCGAUCACACUCGUGAUCCGCCACCGCCACCGUCAGUCAGUAGGAUCCGUUAUCCUUACCGGUGACAAUAAGCCGACAAGACGACAGGACGAUAGUGGGAGCUAAAGUUGAUCACGAGGAUAACAGCUGGCAGGAAACUGAGGUUAGCGAAGUGUCACCACGCGUCACGCCGGGGUGGUGGGUCUAUGGGGGGCUCCGCCCCAGCGGUCCCCCGGCUCGAGUCCAACCGGCAACUGCCGGAACGGUGGUGCCAUCCUGGCACGGGCCAAGACCGCCCCGCUUCCGGUACCACCGUCCAAACGGAUGAAGAGCCCUUCCAACAUCAUGAGGCAGUCCAGCCUCACAAAACUCGGUUCCAUGAUCAACACCGCCGUCAACAAACGUGCCGAUCGCGUGCGUGUUGGAAGAAAGGCUGUUGCUGUCGAACCGAACGAAAAUAUGGUUCGUUACGCGUUGCCCAAGCGGAAGGAAGAGAAGGAUACGAACGUCAUUUGCGCUGACCACAAUUACCUCCGCAAUGGUGACAUACAGUGGUGUUUCUCACAAGUAAAGGGGACCUUAGAGGACGACGUUACGGAAGCUGAUAUAAUCUCAUGUGUUGAAUUUAACCACGAUGGUGAUCUCCUUGCGACGGGAGACAAGGGUGGACGCGUUGUCAUUUUUCAGAGAGACCCUAUUAGUAAAAACAGUAUACCACGAAGAGGCGAAUACAAUGUGUAUAGCACUUUCCAGAGCCACGAGCCAGAGUUCGAUUACCUAAAAUCAUUAGAAAUAGAAGAAAAAAUUAAUAAAAUUAGGUGGUUAAAAAGAAAGAAUCCUGCCCACUUUUUACUCUCCACGAACGAUAAAACAAUCAAGUUAUGGAAGGUUAGUGAGAGAGAUAAAAGAGUGGAGGGAUAUAAUACAAAAGAGGAGAAUGGCACGAUACGUGAUCCUGCCUGCAUCACUGCCUUGAGGGUGCCAACCAUAAAACCAAUGGAGUUGAUGGUAGAGGCAUCACCAAGGAGAAUAUUUGCCAAUGCGCACACCUAUCAUAUAAACAGUAUAAGUGUCAACAGUGAUCAAGAGACAUACCUCAGUGCUGAUGAUCUUAGAAUUAAUCUUUGGCACCUUGAGAUAACUGACCAGAGUUUUAAUAUAGUAGAUAUUAAGCCAACUAAUAUGGAAGAGUUAACGGAAGUCAUAACUGCGGCGGAAUUUCAUCCUGCAGAGUGUAACGUGUUGGUGUACAGCAGUAGCAAAGGAACUAUUAGACUUUGCGAUAUGAGAUCUGCUGCUCUCUGCGAUCAGCACAGUAAGCUUUUCGAGGAGCCUGAAGAUCCGACUAAUAGAAGUUUUUUCUCAGAAAUUAUUUCAAGCAUAAGCGAUGUAAAGCUCAGUAAUUCUGGAAGAUAUAUGAUCAGUAGAGACUACCUCAGCGUGAAAGUGUGGGAUUUGCAAAUGGAGACAAAACCAAUCGAAUGUUAUCCUGUACACGAAUACUUAAGAUCAAAAUUAUGUUCAUUAUAUGAAAAUGACUGCAUCUUUGACAAAUUUGAAUGUUGUUGGAGUGGUAAUGAUUCUGCGAUUAUGACGGGCUCAUACAACAAUUUCUUCAGAGUAUUUGAUCGUACGACUAAACGCGAUCUUACUUUGGAAGCAGCACGCGACAUUGCCAAACCAAAAACGCUUCUGAAACCAAGAAAGGUAUGCACCGGUGGUAAACGCAAGAAGGAUGAGAUUAGUGUCGACUGUCUGGACUUUAAUAAGAAAAUACUUCACACUGCGUGGCAUCCAUCUGAAAAUGUGGUGGCUGUCGCUGCUACGAACAAUCUCUUCCUAUUCCAAGACAAACUCUAGCAUAUCUGUAUGCAAAUUAUACAACGGUAUAUAUUGACGUGAGCUAGGCACGUUGAACUGAAAACUCCCAGUGGAACCACGGGUGUCUGAGUAAUAGUGACGAUAGUCGACUGCUAGUCUGUCAGUGGUUGACUGACCGAGGAGUGGUGUACGUAGCGCCGUCCACGCAGCUCACAUUCAUACAUGCUAUAUACACAUAGACAUACCAGGAUUGUGCACUCCAUACUUUGUUGCGUGCAUAUGUGUAUGUGAAAAGAGAUGUGCAAACGCGAAACACACGCAUAACUCUCCAGGCUAUCAAUAAAUUCGCUAGCUCAAAUACAUUCGCAGUUGAAAAAGAAAUACGCAUUCGAUAGAAUAUGUGAUUCAACCAAUUCGCAGACUCGUGUUGGCAGUUGAUAUAUGACUUAUAAAUACUAAUGAUUAGUAAUUUUUUGCUUGUAUUAUAAAAAUUGUGCCAUUGCACAGUGUAGUCUAUAUGUGACUUACCUAUGCUACAGACUACCAGGGUGUUUGAUUAUCGCAUUAAUGAACAGGCGACGAUGUGAGUAGAGCGGGUGUAUGGAUUACGAGCCGCUCUCGCUGCGGUUUAUGUACAAUUUAUAUAAAUAUGUGGUACAAACUUUGAGUUUUCCUUAACUGAUAUGUCUGACUAGCAUAAAAAAAGGAAUAAAAAAAAACGAAAGGGGUCAGCCGUACCAAUGAGCAAAAUCUGUAACUUUUGUAUUGUAAUUUUAUUUAUUGUUACGCGGCAUUUGAAUUACGAAACUUAAAUUGUGAAAAAAAGAAUACGCGAUAGUUGUCGAAGCAAAUUUUCAUCCUAUAAAUACCUUUGCAAAUAAUAAUCGACUCGUAUGUUGCUGACCUCGAUAUAAGAAUACAAAGUAAGUAAAUAAGAUUUACGAAUAGUUUUGUGCUUGUAGAAUCGAAAUACUGACAGUUACCACUAUUCGCCUUUCAGUAAAAUAACCCGUGUCUACAGUAUUUGUCUACCAUUUGCAAUUCGGUACCACACUUGUUAAACGUGCAUACGCGCAGGCCUACUUUCUCAUUAGUUUAUUAUUCUCACGAACUAAUUGUUUGUCUCAGUCGCCAAUACGAGUCAAAAAAUGAUGCUAGAAAGUAUGAUAUAUAUAAGCCGGUACCUUUCCUUAUAUUACAUAUAUCUGGAAAAACCAAAUGUUGCUGCACUAAAUAUACACCAAGCAAUAAGAGGCGCCGAUUUAAGACAAUGUAUAAUAAAGUAUCAAUUGUCAUUUUCUAAAAAGAAAUCGUAUACCCCGAUCGGGAGAUAAACAAAAAUCGCAUAGAUAUGGAGUACAGAUUUUCUAAUCUUUCUUAAUAACUUAUCGACACUCUUAUACUCCUACAGAUAUAAGCAGCAAUUUCGUACAUGGAUAAAAUAAACCUAAAAGUGCAUUUGUGACGAUGGUAAGCUGGGCUUGCAGAGUUUAUACAUAAAUAAAAUAUUUGCUGAAUAA